AUGGUCCAAACCUUCAUGAAACGACCUACAUCACCACUCGUUUACGGACCCUUAUAUACCCCCCCCGAAGACAUUCUCUACCCUGGAACAGAUGAAGAAGCAACACCAGAUGAGCGUGAAAGGAAGAGAUUGCGAGUGGAGAUCCAGGGGCAGCAAUACCUAAAUGGGAGACCGCUAUUUAUACUAAGUGCGGGUUUGAGAGGGCCUUUCGAGAAGGGAUGGGUCAAUCCGUGGAGGAGCAAGAAAAGGAAAUACGGGAUCGAUGACAUUAGGCGCUUUCCCGAGGCGGGAACGGAGGCCUUCCCAAGGCAUUCACAUAUGGAGGCGGACCCAAGCACCGAAAAAAGGAGAUCUGUUGCGGUCUCUGGCUACGGAUCGCUCGACUACGGUUCAGAUAUCGGAGCACGGUUAGUCACAGAGGCGUCAGGGCAAGAGGAGCCCACCGCCAAACGGAGACGGCAUGGAGAGCUCGACGAACCCCCUGGCUAUCAUGGGAGCCAGAGAAAAGUUGACCAAAGAGUCGCUGCACCCGAUAGGGAUCAGUAUCACUGGCUCAAGACGGACAAGGCCUAUCCGCAAGCAUGCUUAAGGGAGCACACAAGGUCUUCUACGCCAACUCCAGCAGCCAAACUCCGGAGCAAGUCCCAUGCAACGUCUUCUCCGCACCCCAAUAAUUUGGUUAGAGCGACAACCUUGCCUCCCGGGUCCAAUCACCGAAAGCGCCUUUCACGGAGCAAGGAACACGGGCUUAACGUUGGGCAUACAAACUGGAGUACGACAUCAGCGGCGAGUGAGGAAACCCACGUGGAAACCGUCGAGCUUGCGACGACCGACCUACUUCCAAGCGCAAUAGACACAGCCAGUGACAUGCCCUUCAAUGUCAGGGAAAGAAGCCUCUCCAAAACAGAUACCCUCACUAGAUGUGGCUACGAUGAGGUCAAACGACUCUCCCAACGAGCUGUUAGACGAGCAGAAAUAGAAGAUGGGCAGCUCCAAGCAAAGAAAUUGUCUGAAGAAGCAGUGGCGCGGGCGCUCGAGAGCGACCAGAAAAAGAGCCCGAGUCGAUUGACACCAUAUGUGUCAGAAGCUGUUUUAGGCAAUGAUGCCGCUAGCAGUGCUGCCUUAAGAGCUGCAAAGGCUCCAAAGCCGAAGCCUUCGCCGCACGCAGUGCCGCCAUCUACAUAUCAGCCCGAGUUCCAAUACCGCUAUGCCAGGAAGGGGACGUCAACCUCUACAUCACCACAAAGAGCUCUUUUCGUCGAUGCGCCCGAACAGCCUCAAACCAGACCGAGAUCUGAUUCAUCCUCCUCAUCGGGAAGUAGCGCAUUUGCCGAAGCACUCGAGGCCGCUCAAAAGAAAGCAGCUUCUAAAUCAUUUGCAUCGUCUAAAUCGUCUAGUCCUGCCAUUGAAGGCCCGGAGACCAAAAGCGUGAAGAAGAAUAGACAAACAUUGAGGAGGCUCACAUUCACCCCCUCGGGUAGAGCUAAAGUUGCUUCAGCGCGGACGUCUUCAAAGCCUAACUCAAGCUCGUCUACAGCCGAAUGUGGUAAGAUUGAGAUAGAAUAUCAAGACAAGCCUCUGUCGAAUGAUCCUCCUAUACUCCUCAGAACGUCUACCAAGUCUUCAGCUCGGUCUCUCACUAAUGGCAACCGGUCACGAAAUUCGAUCAUCUUCCCAGAAGCUCAGACAGAUCCAAUUGCACAUCCACCCCUUGCACAAGCGCCCUCAGGACCCUCUACAGAUCUCUUAGAGACCGACAAACAAUCACCGAAAGUCCCGAGCUUUGAGGAAGGCGAUUCGUAUCUCGAUCUGUCUACACAGGCUGCAGCAUUGAAGGCUCAACGUUCUUUCCAAGCUGAUGUUGUCUCAGCGCUCACCCCUCGCCGUCCCAAGAGAGAAGAGUCAACCUCCGUAGGGUCCAUGUCCAGGAAAGCAGAAAUCACGCCAGUGGCUCAUGGCCGACGCGAGACCGAAGCUGCUAAUGCUCAGCUUAUAAAGCUUUCCGACGGCGAUGACGCAGAGCCAAUGAGUACCCAAGCGAUGGUAGACGCUAUGUCACCUUUCGCUGUCACUACCAUCAAGAAGCGUUCUCCAGCUGUCCAAAAGCGUACCAGCAUCAUUCUUUCUCCCACAAAGAAAAGGAAGGCAAGAUCUCCUACCCAAGCGCCAAUCCUUUCUCCCGAAUCUCCGACUACGGCCGAAUUUCGCACCCACUCCCCUGGCAUGUCUACAUCACCAUCUUCGACGCCCUCGCCAUCUCCUGAGAAGUCGCCACCGCCGAUCCCGCUCUCCCAUCCCACCAGCAACUCCAAGCCUCCAUCAUCUCUGACGUCUUUCUCCAUUUUGCCAAAUGGAACGUUAACGGAAACUAGCUUAUAUCAGCAGGAUGGCCAACAACGACAAGACCUCCCACACUACGAUAUCAGUCUUCCACUCGACCCCUUUGGCUUUGAUGAUGCUGGUGGUGAUGGACAGAGGCAGGGUAAUACCUGGGAUCUAAAUGCCGCAGUUGAGGAAGCAGAAAGCUUUCUGGGGAACUGGGAUGUAGAAGUUGAGGCGAGGAAGGAAGGCAAUUCGAGCAGGAAGCGGGAGUCUGGGAAUAGGAGUAUCUUGAAGGGGAGUUCAUGA